AUGACAUUCAAGGCUUCAUCCUCAUCCAAGGGCAAGAGCAAGAAAGAAGAGUCAAGUGAGGAAGAAAUGGAUAGUGAUGAUGAGGCUAUGUCACUUCUAGUUCGCAAGAUGGGCAAGUUCAUGAAGAAGAAGGGCUAUGGUGCAAGAAAGAAAAGAGACUUCACCAAAGGCAAUGGUAAUGGAAGGCUUUGCUUCAAAUGCAAGAGCCCCGAUCAUGUGGUGGCCAAUUGUCCACAUCUUGAUGAUGAUGAUGAUGACAACAAGAAGAAGAAGGACAAGAAUGAGAGAAAGGAAAAGAAUCCAAGAAGAUGA